ACAACAUCUUGCCACUCAUCCUAGUACAUAUAUUUUUGUCCACAUAUCUAUUUUUUAGGAUGCAUUCCUAGAAGUGGAAUUGCUGGGUUAGAAGAGUAGGCACAUUUUAAGAUAUCUCAUGCAUACUGACAAAAUGGCACUGCUAAUUUACCCUCCAGGGCUAUUGCCAGUUUUCAAAAAGACCUAACUAAGUAAAGAAAAUCUGGUACAUUUUAUCUCUGACUAGGUAACACAGACUCAUCAACUCUAAGCUUUUGGCCAGAAUUACAGCAAUUCCGACCCACCAUGUUAGUUAUUGACACUUGCUGACCGGAAGCUAACUGGCUAUCAGGUUUUGGAUCAGUAUGGAAAGAGAAAGCGAGUUAGUGACUUAAAACCUAUCAACUCUUCCGGGGGCCAAAAUAUUCAAAACCUGGUGACCCGUGAGGAUUCCUAGUCAUGAAAGCAUUGGGGACAACUGGACCCUGGUGUUUGGCAUGGGCCCAGGACAGAAUCUUAAUUCUACAGGUGGGACACUGUGACCCUGCCAGUGUCUAAACCCCCAACUCUCCUGACUCAAAGUCCACGCUGCUGCCCCAACUUAGUGCUACUCAAAGGAGGGCCAUCCACUUGCCCCAACCUGCCCUGCCCCGGAAAGCGCCGCACACCGGCAGCGCCGCCCUGGCGGUGACCUGAUGCGGUUCAGCUGGCAGCUGCGCACGCUCCGUCCUGCGCGCAGCCUCCAGGCGCCAGAGGGCGCGCUCCUCUCCAAGGCCCCGCCCCCACGGCCCCGCCCCCGGAGCCGUUGGAAUUUGAAUCUCCGGCGGGCUGCGGCUGCAAGUGUCGACCCCUCAGUCCGGCAUGGAGAGCCCGGGCCCCAGCGCACGGUGCCCGGUGCAAGAGCAGCGUGCCCGCUGGGAGCGGAAACGCGCCUGCACUGCCCGGGAGCUGCUGAAGACCGAGCGGCGCUACCAGGAACAGCUGGGGCUGGUGGCCACGGUGCGGGGCCCGCACACCCUCCCGUAGGGGCGGGAACCUCAGGGUGUGGGAGGGCCCCUACGAGGUCGGUGACCCUGACUGGGGUAUCGUGGGUCCUGACCUGGACGCCUGCACGUAGGGAGCUCAGGCCGACUUACAACAGAGUUUCUAGCGGCGCCUUGGCACUGGCUUCACGUUUCUGCGGACUGCAUACCGAGAGCUGCUUCCCAACCUCGAAGGAGGGCGCUGGGGACAGGGGCUGGAGGGCUUCUGCCCCCACCUGGAGCUCUACACCCAAUUUGCUGCCAACGCUGAGAGGUCCCGGACCACCCUGCAGGUAUGAGAAUCUUGCCAUUGCUUUGGCUGAAAACACAGGUCCCAACAGCCCUGACCAUGAACAGCUCACAAGGGCUGCCCGGCGGAUAAGUGAGACUGCCCAGAGAGUCCACACCAUCAGUCAGAAACAGAAGAAUGACCAGCACCUCCAGCGUGUCCAGGCUCUGCUCAGUGGACGGCAGGCAAAGGGGCUUGUCUCAGGUCGCUGGUUCCUACGCCAGGGUUGGCUGCUGGUGGUGCCUCCCCGAGGGGAGCCUCGGCCCCGAAUGUUCUUCCUCUUCUCUGAUGCACUCCUCAUGGCCAAGCCUCGACCUCCAUUGCAUCUGCUGCAGAGUGGCACCUUUGCUUGCCAGGCCCUCUACCCUAUGGCCGAGUGUCAACUCCACAGGGUCUUUGGCCACUCAGGAGGCCCCUGUGGUGGACUGCUCAGCCUGUCCUUUCCCCACGAGAAGCUACUGCUUAUGUCCACAGACCAGGAGGAGCUGUCGCACUGGCACCACAGUCUGACUUUGGCCAGCAGCAGCCAGAAGAACUAGAGGAAUCUUACAAAUUUGAGUCCAGGAUACCUCAGGGAGAGGUCAGAGUCGGAAGUACAAAGGAAUCUUCUUCAGUACUAACAAAACACAGACUCUUCAUGGUUUGAGAAGGGUCAUUCUGUGUUUGCGUGAGACCGAGACACGCCAUGUCAUUUGACCAGCUCUUAAGAAUCAGGACACCAAACCUGACCCAACUGAACCUCAGCUGAACCAGCUAUUUUUAUGUUGUAUGUAGUUUCUAUAAUUUAUUUUCCCACAGGAUUUUAGUAAAGUUUUUUGGAGAAGCCUUUUUAUCUCAGCUAUGCAAUAUGAGAAAAGGGAUUUUUGUGCCCUGAAGGCUGGCAUGACGGUGACCUCAGGAAUACAAAGAGAAGGACUGGAGCUCCCUCUGUCUUCUCAGCUCCUGCACUGGAAGACAGCCUCUUUAUGUCCUAAUAAGGGAAGCUUUUCAAGAAGGCCCGGUUGUU